AUGUUAUUUUGGGAUCAGCGGCCACUAUGGGUGCUUUUUUCGAUAGCCAGCUUCUUGUUUUUGUGCAAUGCAGCACAUAUACGAUUCGCUCGAGGUAGGUUUCAUGAAUUUUGACAUUUAUAAUUAGGUGUUGUUUGAAUCCUUCCUGUACGGCGUACUUUUCCAUCUGGUACACACAGUUGCAAUAAAAACAUAUAUAAUUUGUAUUGGGCUCUAGCGACAGUCACGUCAAUGCGCGGUUGUUCCUCAUGACGGAUAAAAAGAGUGCUUUGAAUGAUACUCGGAUUUCUCUUUAAACCUUAUUUGCGGUCGAAAUAUUCAGGGCACGUUUCGGACACUAUAUAUUUUGUUUACAAAUUUCACCGGCACAAUUUCGAGUGAAAAAUCUUUCCUCAAUAAGUUGAGCUGCCAUACACGAUUUACGAUAUCUGUCGCAAUAUCCUCUAAAGUUCACUUCUUUUUAUGCAGAUAAUAAAAAGGAGAGUGGAAAUGCUUGCCCCGAAAGCACUCCAUGGCCCUGCAGAACGGCCAGUUUCUGCUUAUCUUUCGACUUUAUCUGCGACGGUGAAGAAGACUGUCCGGAUGGAUACGACGAAGAUCAAGAAAUGUGUACAGCAAGUAUGUAAACAUCCUCAUGCGUGAAAAUCACCUUAUUAUAUAUAAAACUUUCCCUUGGUGACCACGAAUAAAUAACCUCUUUUCUGAGUAUCGUUUUAUGCAAGAAUACAGUAUGCAACCUCACUCAGGGGACAAACGACAGAUCACCAUGGCAUAUUGCGUCGUCGCCGUUUUUUAAAAUCAGUUCCUCCGCGCUCUCGUAACUAAAUGGGAUUAAAUAUACUUCUUUUGGGAAAACGACCUGGAAGGACUGCCAAAAUUUAUCAUGCGCUGUUAGAUCUCGUGAUAACCCAAUCGUUCUCUGGGGGGUCUAAUUUAUGGCACGUGUGCUCUUCUUUAAGUUGGUGUAGAAAAAUCUAACGGGAAGACGCAAUAUUCUACCUUAACAUCUAUCCGAAUGUUUACCUUUUAUCAGGAUCUUCUUUCCGCCGUUUAGCUAUACGUAUCGGACCACUACUAUGUGAUAACAUGGUUUUUGAUCUCUGAGUGGGGUUGCAUACAAGGUCUUUGCCCGUUUUAUUUCUAUUAAGUUAGACAUACAGUGCGGGAUAAAUGAACUUUUUAAAAGUCUGUCAGAAAUUUAUGACUCAUGCAAUGAUAGAGGUAACUUUAUACAGUUUUUGACGUGAAUCUCAAUCAACAGGUUUGAAUGAAAAAUGCUGCGAGUACUCCAGUAUCUUCAUUACACUAAACCUCUUCAGUAAGUUCGAUUCUUACUGAAAAUGACUUCUGCUUAGGCACACUUUCGGUCACGUAUUUAUAAUGUGAUUGUUAAAACAGAACCAUUGCUGAUAAAUCGGUAUAGUUUCAGUUAUGCUCAGUCAGUACUGUAACUUGGGGCCGAAUUAUUGUUCAAGCCCAACUUUUCCCAGCAUUUUCAAAGUUAUUUGCCUACUAUCUGAUUCUCUUCUACUACUAGCGAUUAAGAAUUACGGCGAAUUUGAAGAAACACGUUUCGUUAGAUCAAUAAUUCACGUGACCAAACUAAGCUAGUAUCAGGGGCUUAAGAAAUGCAACUUGCGGCACUGUACAUGAACACAUAGAUGUCCUUAUAGAACCAAUAUUACCUCAAUCCUUAUCUUUCUACUAUACAUGACGUUUCGUUUUGAAAACAGACACAUCAAGCGGCAAAAACUUCUGAAGGAUCUUUCAGCACAUAUUUAGUCAAAGAUUAAGUAGAUCAUUUGAAACUGUUUUCAAGCAAAGCGACCUGCUUAAGUGCAGUUACGAUGCCAAUUAAAUUGAACAGCAUCCCUAACUAGUUCAUGUGUGGUGGCGUAUGUGGCAUUAAUUAAGCCUCUUUCUGGUCACCUAGGCAAUUUGCCAAAACACUAGCCCAUUGAAUGCAUUCGACUGUUGAUUAAAUAUGUUCGCGUCUGUUGUUAUCCAUAUUCAUUAGGAUUUAAAUGCUUCGUCUCCAUGGCCGUUACCAAGCGCAUUAUGUCUUCAACUUAUAUGAAGAUUUUGGUCGCAAAUGUUGGCUAGUCGCUCCGCUAGUUUCCGUAUUUUCUGCAUCUUUUUCUGUCAAGGAGCAAAACAGUAUGCUUCCUCUCUUACAAAGCACGUUGACGCAUACUUUCUAUGAGAAAGGUUUCACAAAGCACUGAUAUGAGAUAGAUUAUGUCUCAUUAUUUAUAAGCAUCGUCAAUUUGUACUAAACUUAAGACUGCCUAAAUAGUCCCAAAACGCCUUAUCCUUAUUUUUUAAUCACAGGAAAUUACAAAAAACCUCUGUUUUGCCAUUAGGCGUCAAUAUUUGAAAUCUUAAGUGCAGUAUUUAUAUAAAUGAAUGGAUUACGAGUUAAUUUUAUUCCUCGUUUUAGUAGGUAAUGUAGUUUACUUCAUCGCUCGUUUGUACAUAAAUGUUUAAAGAACGCGCUGGUUAGCAAAAAGUAGGUCAGUUGUACGUAAGCGCAAAUGCAGUAUUUUGUUUGCCACGCCCGUGUUAUUUGUAAAAAUAAAUCAUAAAAAGUCAAGUUACGGGAGAAUCUAUAUUUCUAAGCAUCACUUGGUUGGUUGCUAAACUUACUUACGUUUUCAUGGAAUAAACGCUUCCUUAGAUGGCUAUGAAUUUAAGUCCGAGAUUAUAUAGAUUAUUUAAUUAUCACUGAGUAGCAGCCGUGAACUGUCUUUUAAAAGCAUGUCUUGAAUAAGUUACCAAAACCUUAAACCUAUCUUUAAAAACGUUGACUGCUUGCUACAUGGUCAGCGAUCCUUAUGGAUCUACAGAGUUACCAAACUCUACUUAAUUAGAUCAUUGUAGAACCAGAAUAAGAAGCUCAGUAAAACAGCCCCUAGUAGUAUCCAACACCAGUAUUUCGCAGGUUUCGCACUUGUCAGCGCUUAUGUUGUACUUUGUCUUACGUGUGUUUUUAUAGUUUUUAAAUUUAGACAAUAGGUUGGUUACCAAAGUCACCCAGAAAUCAGGUCUUAUUUUUUAAAACCAAACGAUCAUACGUAGAAUGCUAAUGGGUUAAACACGCGUAAAAUAGGGCAGUCUGCAUUGGGCGGGUAUCUGUGUCCAAACGAUGAUAAAAAUAAAAUUGUCAACAUAUAUAAUCUUUGCUUCAUAAACCAUUUUAUUCACCUAUUUCCUCGGUCUGAUCCAUUUUCCGAACGACCUUCCAAAACGUUUGUAGGUAAGUAUGCAAUUAAGUUUCCAGGCUACUUUGUUACGCAUACAGCAAGAUAUUUGAUUUUAAAAAUUGGAAUAUGUAACACAGAAGGUCAGAAAACUGAAGCAUGCGAUGCUACUUUGUCUAUUAAGUACUAGCUCUUCUAAACAAUUUGCAAGUCUGGCUUGUCAUGUCCACGUCGCCUCUAUUGCAAGUUGCCCAGGAGAACCCACUAAUCUCAUUGAAUGCAGCAAUCGUCAAUGACAUUAGGUUAUAAAAAUUUUUAAGUUUAAUAACUUAUCAAGUCUGGUGAACAUAAUCGCUCUGCCUUCUGUCUUUUGUAUUCGACAGUAACGCAUCAUAUCUUUAAGAUGGUAUGUUCUAACUCCAGUAAAGUACCUUACAAUGCAUCAUAUAAGUACAUAUACCAUGAGGCACAGACAAAUAUAGGAAUUUGGGUCAGGAAGAUGAAUCGCAUUCUUCAGUACAUCUACUUACGCCUCAUAAUGCAACUCCGGGCAUGGCUGAUGCAAAAGUAGUCCUUAAAAUUUAGAGAAACUGUCAUUAAGAUUGAUUUGUUGUUUUAAAAUCAGGUAAAAAUACACUGCGAGUACAGUUUAGUUUUUCGGUCGCAAAGAACGCUUAUGUUGAGGGUUCAGACAUCAAUAUCUUAUGUUAUUGUUUUUAGUUUAAAAAUUACGAUGAGAUAGAAAACUAAUAGCAGAGAAAUCCCAUGCGUCUUGCCAAUGAGUAUGCCAGAUGUUUUGAAGACUUAACAUUUUAUUUUGUUUAGUUCAUAAUUGACUUAAUGGUCAAUCAGCGGCGAACGGGGAAUGCUAUUUAUAAUACACGAAUUUUUGUUUAAUAAAAAAAUAUUUUCAGAAGGACGUCCAGCAAAGGAUUACUUGGUUGGCUUUAUUCAGCGCUAUAAGGACUGGCUAAUUCCUAACUUUCUUGGAAACGGAACCCCGGAAGAACUGGCGACCAAACUUGUGGGUAGGUUUUGAUCCUUUUUCAUAUUUUAAUGUGUUGCAUAUAAUUUUCCCCUUUUCGGCAUAUUUAAGGUACCUUGCCAAGCGUUUUCAGUCUCGUCCGCCUAAUACAUCAUGAUUCGCAGCAAAAAGUGCUCACCCUCUGUGUACAGCAGACUACACUGACGUCAAUGCUUUAAUUGCGGCUCCGUAUACUUUAGCGACUGGUACAUACAAUGACCUCAACCAGAAUGAGCUCCUGACGGUUAAUUAUAUGGGCGCCAUAGGGGCACGCAGAGCAGUGAUAGUAUCAUGAAACCGGAAGUCCAUGAAAAUAUAACUAAAUGCCUACCAGGUUAAACGUAGGUAAUAUCUUAUUUGGACUUCUAUCUUACUUCAGAAACAGUGAACUAACUCAAAUUGUUUAGGUUUUGAGUAACUGUCCGUUUUAUGCAACCAUCAUUUGAAUUUGAAUUUCCUGCGGAAUAAGAAAUAUUAAUAAUUUUCUUAUCUCAAUAAUUUCCCUUUCACUGAAUAAUGAUACUUUUUGUAUUAAAACCGGUUCUUCGGCUUUUGUUAAUGAAGAAAAGCUAAAGAAACCCUAUUUUGAUAAAUACUAGUUUCCUAAACCCACGUGUGAUGUUAUUAACCGCGCAGCUGAUGCAAUAUGAGAGUCAAAGCGAAGAUGGAAUUUUUGGGUUAAAAAUGCUGACAAGAGAGACCAUGUCGCUAAUUACUCUUUUCGGUAAUGCGAUACGGUCUUUCAACAGAUAUUUGCCGACUGUCUAAUUUCACUUCCUCCUACAACCCGUCAGACUAAACGCAUUUGGAAGCGUGGUGCGAAAGAAAGCAGAACAUAAAUGCGCGGACCGAAAACCUCACUUAAAUAUAAACGACUGUCAGUUAGAUUAAAAUUCAAAAGGAAUACUUAUGAUAAUAUUUAGCCGGUCAGGAGUAACCUGUUUUUUAGGAAAAUUGAAAGUGCUAGUGGCGCGAAGUAUGUUUUGAAUGCGUAAAUGUGAUCUCUGUGAGAACAUAAGAUCUGUCCAUUUAAGCAACAGAAUAAAUAGGCUUGAAUUAAUAGAACGGUGUUUAGAAAAACCUCUAAAUUAAUUGUCACAAUAAAUAUCUUCUAGCAAUAAAUGAAAAACGCAGUGCGACAUCCUGUCAGCAGGCGGUGUUUGGUAAUAUGCUCAAAAUUUUAAUGUAAUUUUUUCCGUUUUGUAUUAAUACACUUACGGUUGGUCAAGGUGGUUGGGGAUGAGGACAUCGCAGGAUUAAAUGUUUCAUAAAGUCGCAAUUCAGGCGGUUGUAAAUUUGGCCUGAAUCAGUAGAUGCUAUUAUUGUCGUGUCGUUUUUCCGUUUCUCCCGGAAACUGAUCGUGUGGAUUUUGGUGUCGCUUAGUUCUGUUAAAUGUCAAGAGUCCUUAAAAUAUUAGCGUGUACUCUGCACUUUUCGAACCUCUUAGUAAACUGCUCGAAAAGAAAGACUGAGCAUAUUAUGCCUGUAAAGAUAUUUAAAAUAACUCAGUUUUCAAAAUUAUUCAACUGAGCAAUACGAAGUCUUCUUAUCUAGAUAGCUGUUCGCGUUAUAUUAUUUGACUGAGUCAGAAAUUAGAUCAUAUCAUUGAGGAAAUUGAUCGUCUACCAAUAUGCCUCUGAGAAAAUGCAAAGCACCAUCUGAUAAGUCAUCUUUCAAAAUGCUUCUUUUUGGGUUAAGAAUAUCCACUGUCUCCAUGUCUUUUUCGGGGUAAGGUCGAGAGGACAUUCAGAACGAUUGAUACGCUUAUGCACCUUUCUGACAUAUACCGGCACUUUUCGGCCGAGGACAAAGGAAUCUUCUCUUUCCUCCUCAAUGGAGUCAUUUUAUUAGUUUUGUAUCCUACUAGGUCUUGUUCGCAGCUUUAGAAUGCUAAAUAAAGUGACAGUAUAAAUACUAAAAUACUGUUCAGGCAGAAAAUGCUGUGACUCUUCAGUUUCUAAAUUAUUUGCUGACAAAACUGGGCUGUGCAAAAGGCAACCUAUUAUGUAAUGGUUUAGUGGUGAAUGUUUCUUGGCUGCUUAUGAAUAAUUUGCAUAUUUUAACAAAAUCCGAGUCCCUUUAUGCAUAAAUUUGCCUGCAGGCAUUAGAACGGCAUUUUAGGUUACACAAUUAUGCCAAUUAACGAAUCGUAAUUUUAAAAGGGAAAAACGUUUUCUAUUUCUGUCAGUAGCGCGCCUCCACUCUACUUGCUUAACCUGAUUUACCCGAUAUACAGAAACCACCUCUGUGUAGGUUGGAGUUGUUUGACACAUUUUUACUGUUUUCACCGUCUUAAACUAGAAACACACGUACUCAUGCAGGAAUGAUCGCUUGAAUAUAAGACAACGUUGGUUUCUACCCCGCAUUAUCAGCAUUUGCUGGGAUAAACUAACAUAACAACAUAUCCCUUUCUAAAAAAACACUUCUUCCAGAAUGAGUCAGACUAUCCAGUAGAACCCACAAUGGUUAAUGUGUCCAGGACAGCUAAGUUACAUUUUAGUCACCACAUUUCAGUAUUUACGUCAUCCACUGAACUUUUCAGUUAUUAUAGUUGCCUGGCACGACCAGCUCCUUAUUGUCCGUAGAAUAAGUUGAACUGUGAAACUACCAACGAAUACAAAAUAUAAUAAAUGGUUAACGCAAACAGAAUAUGCACUAAUGCCUGAUCUUAUGAAAUAUUAACCAUACUUUUGAACUGGGCUUUCAUCUGGGAAGGGAUAUUGAAGUGCGAUUGUAGUAUUGAUUAGCAUGAGAUGUAAUUUAAUGAUAUUUCUAACUUUGAAUGCUUUGAUUUUAGCUUUUAAAUGCACUUCUCCGGCCGACUGCAACUACUGCCCUCGACAAAAGAACGGGCCACUUAAUCUAUAUGCAUAUUUUUUAUUGAAAUGAGAUGUCUUUAUAGGUUUAAAUAUGUUUCACAGAAAACGUUUACAGAAACAUCCUUUUAUGCACUCAUUAAGCAGCAGCCUACGUAUUCUACCCUAUCUUCUGGCGUUUUAAAGGUUGCUAAUUUUGAGAUUCCUUAAGACCGCGCAAUAUCCAUUGAAGUGGCAUUCCACAUGUUCGUUUACUGGUGCACAUCGUGAAGCAUACGACAAAAUUUACAUUUGUUGUAAAUCCUAUGAUCCUCACAUAGUGUCUUAUCAGUGGGAUAGUGGAAUGUAAGUUUUCUCUUGAAAGUAUAGAGCAGGUAGACCGAAUACCCUAAACCUAAAUGCAGUGGAUGAUUGGGAUCAAUAAUAUUCAAUAGUGAAAAACCUUUUCAAAGACCAAAAAUGUUCCUUUUAAAUGUAGAAUUUGAAGAUGUUAUCUGUAACUAAAAAAAGGAUUAUUUUGUUGUGGAUUAUUUUUAGAAAACACAUUUGAAUUUAUAAGGGUAUCUGAAACAUGUACAUACUAAUUUAUUUGUCAUUUACCGAAGACGGCAUCCGCAGUCCAUUAAAAGGAAAUGGAUUCAAAAGCCACUGUUCUGGCAUGUCCGUAAUAUGAUGAAACUAUGUCGCAUAGUCACCAGUAUUACAACCCCAUUCAAGUAAUCCCUCCUAAGCGAAACCGAAUUUCAGAAUUUCGGCUAACAUUUCAUGAGGACGGACACUGACUGUAACAACCAGUUAUGCACUUUUGGCAAGCGCUGCGGUCCGAAACUUUGAAAAUAUGUUUCACGUAGAGGAGUUUUUAAAUCUACUAGAAAGCGGAACAGUUAUUUAGAAAUACAACUCCAACACAACAAUCUGGACAAUCCUUCUUCGAAAACGAUCUCAGUGCUUUUUUCACAGUUUUAGGCCUCAGCUACGAUAAAAACAUAUCUGCUGGGCUUAUUCGCGUUGGGAUGUGAAGUGAAGUGGAAGUGAAAGUGGAAGUGGAAGUGGAAGUGAAGUGGACUGUAAUUUAUAAGGCUGCAAUGUUGACAGGAGGAUAAUAACGACUAUUGCAAGCUCCGAAAUGGGGGAACAGGGAGAACUACGAUCUAUGUCAGUGAGGCAGAGGAUGACGGAUUACUUCAUAAGAAUAGGCGAAGCGCGUGUUGUCAUCGUGACUGGGCGCGUUGGAGGUAGGAUUAACCAAUAAAUUGAUUUUGGGGACCCGUAUAAAGUAUGCUAAAUUCAACAGGGCGAUUAGUAUUUUGACGCCGAAGUGCCAUCUCUCGAGGAAUUCUUGUGACUUUUUGCUGUGGUCCCCAAGGACGGCCUUCGACAUAGUGCAUAAAAACGACGAGGACGAGUACAGCGCUAAUGUCUCUUCCGUUGACAGGUGCAAGGCUGUUUCGGUUCAGUCUUUAAGCCUCCGACUUUAGCAACGGAAGACUUAACUUUGAAACAUUCGCUCAUGUAAAUCGAAUUGACUGAAAUAGUCUUUCCAGAACCCGGCGACAACUUUUGAUCUCGUUUUUCUUUAUGACUACUGAGGCGUUGUCUGCUAAACAAGGCCUAAGUCGGAACUUAGGCCGGCAAAAUGCAUUUGUUUGCGGCUAAAUUAUUUCAGUAAGCCAUAUUGGCAUUAGGAAGCCCAUUGGUGUUCUCCUAACAUAUCAGUUGCAGCUACUGUCAGAGUUCCAAUAGUGUCUGAGACAAUGCGAACGACUGCGAGAUAAAUGCUACAGAGAAUGUAUGAGCAGCUAUAAACGAUGGACAUCCAUGCAGCGCUUAUUUCGGGUGUUUGCGCAAUCACACUCCUAUUGCGUCAAGACGAAGCAGGAAAUCCAGAUUUACAAGGAGGCCCACAUCCUCCUUUUUUAAGGUUUUUAUUAAGUGCGUGCUAUCAAUCGCCUUCAUUUUUUAAAUAUCUUUUUGCAGAAUAAUUGCACACUUUACAUCCUUUGCUAUCUAUAGUCGUGGCCGUCCGUAAUCGUUUAUUGGGCUUUAGCUGUCGGCGAUAAACAGAUCAUAAAUAAUUAUCUUGACCUCUCUCGCCUCUCUUCGGCAUUUCUUCUAUUUUCGCGAUCGAAAUUCUAUUAAGCGAAGAGCCAUCGCCUUUGUUUUUUACUCUUCCUGCAAUCUACUAAGGGAAACGUACAAGAAACCUGUUUUUCCGCUCUUGGAAUUGUUGCCGGCUAGGCUGCUCUACGAUCUGACAUGCGCCAUGAAGGUUUCGGGUUUUCUGGAGUCGUACUGUGAUGAGAUCAUUUGUUUGAAAAUUUUUAAAUACUACAUUCGUAGUAAACAAAUGUUUUCUGACUAUCGUGUUGCGCCAUGUUCACGCUGGUCGUUCGUGUCUACAGCCUUCUUUUCACUGGUGACCUUGAAUCAAGGCCCAGUUCCCGACGAUAGACACCAGUUAACCCACGGGUGCAUAUAGAUUAAACUACACUCACUUCUGUCUUAUGUAUUCCCGGAGAUAAUGAUUCCUCGCUUUAUCCGUUACGAUCAUACGUUUUUUUAGCCUUCGUCGUCAAAAAGGUCAGUCUUGGUCAACAGAAGUGCAUUCGUACCUCAGCAGUGAGACCCUUAUAUUUCAAUCCAAUUAUAGGUGAUUAUCUUGCGUUUUCAACUGGUCUACCCUUGAUUUUGACUUGGUUUCCAACUGGCUGAAGACAAAAAUCACAUCUGCAAUGAUCGUUUUGAUGUUCAUGUCUUUGUAACCCAGACGUAACAUUCUUUGCUCAAUGACAGACGCUUUUAUAGGCUGUACUGGGAGGCGCCAACACAGUUUGUUAUACUGAUCACGGAAAUCGCACUAGGUCAUGAAUUCAUCCUUGGAAUUCAAAUAGAAUGUAAAUCUAUUUUUCGCAUAUCUGGCUGCAUAGCAACUUUAGCAGGGAUACACGGCAGUCGGGGCAAGAAUGUGUGGUCAGCGGUUUGUGUCACCUGUUUUGUAGACAUUUGCUUUGUCAUUUUACCUGUUUAAACCACCAAAUCAGUAAAAUUGGACGUUUUUAGUUGCAUUAUUAAUCUGCCUAAUGUUUACAUUCUAGAAAGCCCUACAAUUGAGGACUAUUCCACGACGGCUAACCUCGACAAGGAACAGUUUGCACUCUUCUACCAACUCAUGACGGGCGUUGCCGAGGGGAAACAAAUGCAACUCCUGAUGUUGGGAAUGCCUCUGGGUGCCUGGGCGGAACUAUACUUUCUAUUUAAUCGCAUUGCCAGUAGUGGAUUUCUCCAGCUGGACUCGCAUGACUAG